AUGUCCCUACAACCCUCGCUUUCGUUCCUCACGAUCGGAAACCCCGCUUCGCCGCAUACACUCGAACUUUACCUCGACUUUGUAUGCCCAUUCAGUGCGAAGAUCUACAAUAAUGCAGUGACGGCUGUCCUUAGACCAUUGUUCACGGAGGGAAAAUACGCAAGCAAGGCCAAGCUAAUCUUGAGACUUCAGCCUCAACCUUGCAAGAAUAAAAAUAAAAAUGGGGUGUUUAGGCAUGGAUCGUCCACGUUUACACACGAAGCGGCUUUAGCAGUCGGGCGCGUUGCCCCAGAGAGGUUUUUAGAAUACGCUACCGAGUUGUUCAAAGCCCAAGAACAAUUCUUUGAUAUCCCGACAUCGACGCUUACACCUCUUCAAAUUCGGGAAAAGCUGGUUGCGCUGGCUCCAGAGGGAGUAGACAAGAAGGCGGUUGCUGAUCUGUUGGAACUCAAAUCGACGUCGAAUGGAGGAGUGAGCGUGACGGAUGAUUUAAAGUAUAACAUUAAAUUGGGACGUCAGAAUGGCGUUCAUGUUACGCCUUCUGCGCUCUGGGACGGGUUGUUAGCCAACGAUGUAUCGAGUUCGUGGGGCAAGGACGAAUGGGAAAAAUUCUUGGAAACCAAAGUUACAGUUUAA